AUGGUUGGAUUAGAUGCUGCUGGGAAGACAACCAUUCUCUACAAGCUUAAGCUUGGGGAGGUGGUGACAACGAUUCCAACUAUCGGCUUUAAUGUUGAGGCAGUGGAGUACAAAAAUAUCAGUUUCACAGUUUGGGAUGUUGGUGGUCAAGAUAAGAUCCGUCCUCUAUGGAGACAUUACUUCCAAAACACACAGGGUCUCAUAUUUGUUGUUGAUAGUAAUGAUAGCGAGCGUAUAGGGGAAGCUAGGCAAGAGCUGAAUCGUAUGUUGAAUGAAGAUGAAUUACGUGAUGCUUUGCUUCUGGUCUUUGCAAACAAACAGGCACUAUCUGUUGCUGAGAUAACCGAUAAACUGGGUCUUCAUUCACUUCGUAACCGCACAUGGUACAUACAAGCAACAUGUGCGACAACUGGUUGUGGUCUGUAUGAGGGUUUGGAUUGGCUCAGUCAAACUCUGAGCUGCAAGAAUUAA